CUGUGCAAUGUGCAUUCACUGUGUUUAAGUAAGUGCCAGAAGAUACAAUAUUAAUGGCUUGGUAAAGACGUGAUUUAAAGAGUUGCAAUAAUUACUGUGUUUUAAGAUCACAACAGUCAGUUCAAAUAAGACCAAUAUUCAUUUACUCCUCCUUACCAAAUCAAAUUCAGGCUGCUGCAGUCAAUCCUGCACUUAAGGUUAAUUUAAGAGUAAAUAAUAAAAUAAACUCCAACAAUGGCAGAGUUUGAGGCUAAUCCAGAAGUUAAUGAAGAUGGUGACGUGGAACAACUUACUGCAGAUGAAGAAUUACAAGCAGCAAAAGGCACAGCUGAUGAUGUCUCUACUACCUCACAAAGGGCACAAAGGAGCCAAAGAGUCCGUACGCUGACGGAAAAGGGCCAAGAACUGCACGAUGAGCACAAAAGGAAGGCUGCAUAUCGUUUCAGUGUGCGCUAUGAGAAGUGGAAAGCUGUUGUUAAGGAUGCCAAAGGAGCCAUAGAUGGUCAGUGCUCAAAGGGUCUGCUACAGGAACAUGUCUCCAAGGUUUCAAGUGCUUCUAAAGAUGUGAAUGCUGCCUAUGUAGAGUUGAGACACAUUGAAUCUCCAGAUAAUGAUACAAGACGGAGAAUGGACGCGUGUGAAGCCAUAACAAAGACAAUUAUCGGAGCACUAGCAAGGUGCCCAAGUAGAGCUGAAGUUCAAGGAGAUGAAUGCUUGAGGGAGACUGAGUCUAUAUCUAAGUUAGUAGCCUCAGACAGGAUAAGUGUAAGGUCAGACAACACUAAGCUCUCCUCUCGUUCAAGAGUUUCCACUAGACACUCCAGCAGGCUCUCGGAUAAAAGACAAGAUGCAGCUGCUGAAGUUGCAGCAAAUGAAGCUGCGCUGCAAGUUCUGCUUGAACAAGAAACUCAUAUGAAGGAAAUUGAAAGACAAGAAACAGAAAUAGCACAAAGACAGAGAGCUCUAGAAGCUAAGCGCAGAGAAGUGGAGCGACUUGAGACAGUAAAAAGGCUAAAUGCAGCAAGGGCUCGACAACAGGUGUAUGAACAAGGUGAAUGCUCAGAUGAAGAAAUAUACAGCCUACUUCAUCACAGCUCUGACAAGAAACAUGAAGUCAAGUCUGGAAACAAUGACUCACAUUUCAACCGGUGUCCUUCCCCACAAAAUGUGACACUCCAACAAGAAGUGAAUACAACAGACCUGGUCAAGGCAUUUGCAGAGUCUCUCAGUGUAAGUCGUCUUCCAGCACCAGAGCCAACAAUAUUCAGCGGUGAUCCUAUUAGAUAUAAUGAUUGGAAGAUUUCCUUUCAGACUCUAAUCGGCAGAAAAAAUAUACCAGUUGAAGAGAAGACUUAUUACCUGAGAAAGUAUGUAAGUGGACCUGCAAGGAAGGCAAUAGAAGGAUACUUUCCGCUUGGCACAGAGUCAGCAUAUUAUGCAGCAUGGACAGUUCUCGAAGAGAGGUAUGGCAAUCCCUUCCUUGUAGCCAAGGCCUAUAGAGAUAAACUUGAUGCAUGGCCCAAGAUAAGCUCUAAGAGCAGUAUGGAACUUCAAGCGUUUGCUGACUUCCUCUGCUGCUGCAAGACUGCCAUGUCACAAAUGAAGGGCCUUGAAGUGCUCAAUGACUGCAAUGAAAACCAAAGGAUGCUUGCAAAACUCCCAGAUUGGCUCAUUUCACGGUGGAACAGAAAGGUUAUGGAAGUGCAAGAGGAGAGCCACACCUUUCCAACCUUCAGCCAAUUUGUGGAUUUCAUCUCACGAGAAGCCAAAAUUGCCUGUAAUCCCAUAACAUCUCUUUUCACUCUGAAAUCAAGUGAAAUUGAAGGAGCAAAAACACCAAAGAACAGAAGCCAUGGAGCGAAGGUACUGGCAACUAACUCAAAUGAAAGAUCUGUCAGUACUAGUUGUAUGUACUGUGAGAAGUCAGGUCACAGCCUGCUUAAGUGUAGGAAGUUCAUGAGUGAAAGCAUUGAUGAGAGGUUAAACUUUGCUCGAGACAAGCAGUUAUGUUUUGGCUGCCUGAAGUCUGGUCACCAUUCUAAGGAUUGUGAGAGCAGAGCAACAUGUGAUACAUGUGAUAAAAAACAUCCAACAUGUCUUCAUGACAAUCGUACCAGAAAAGAAAGAACAAUGAGAAAUCAAACCAACAGUGACAACACAAGACAAAGAAACCCAGACGCUUCACAAGACAACAGUUUCACACCAACAACAAGAGAAGCAACAUCUAACAGAGUCGCACAGAAUGUUGAUGACACUCACACCUCCUCCAUUGUUCCAGUAUGGGUGUCAGCUGAAGGUGAGCCAGAGCGCGAAGUUCUCGUGUACGCGCUUCUUGAUACGCAGAGCGACACGACCUUUAUUCUUGAAGAAACGGCACGAGCUCUGCAUAUAAAAGGCGAAUCAGCUCAGCUAAGGCUUACCACCAUGUCUUCAAGAAACACAGUUGUGUCCUGUUUCAAGCUCUCAGGUCUACAAGUAAGAGGGUUUUACUCAAAUAAGACAAUUUCCCUACCUGUAACGUAUGCAAGAGACUUCAUACCUGCAAAUCGAGAUCACAUUCCAACCCCUCAAACAGCCAAGGCAUGGCCUCAUCUUGAAUGCAUUGCAGAUGAGCUUGCUCCAAUACAAAGCUGUGAUAUUGGCCUGCUGAUUGGCUACAACUGCCCCCAAGCACUUGUUCCUCGUGAAGUUGUGUCAGGAAAUGAAACCCAGCCAUUCGCACAAAGGACUGAUCUGGGGUGGAGUAUUGUGGGUUAUGGCAAUCCAUGUCUCGAUUAUGGAGAUGGCUUUGGAGUGAGUCAUCAAGUCGUUGUGAAGCAAGUGGUGCCUGAUGUUCAACCCUAUUCAAACAUCACCAACAAGGUCCACUAUGUUUACAGAACUCAGAUAAGGGAAACGGUCUCUUCUACAGAGGUCCUAAAAAUGUUGGAAUCUGACUUUGUUGAGAAGGCUUCAGAAAAUGUAAAGGUCUCUCAAGAAGAUCUCAGAUUUCUAACAAAGAUAAAGAAGGGCAUUAGGCACAAGGAGGAUGGUCAUUUUGAGAUGCCACUCCCAUUCAAGAGCGAAAGGCCUAACCUGCCAGAUAACAAGGCAUGUGCUAUUCAUCGUCUCAAAUGUUUAGAAAGGAGGCUGAAGAGGAACAAGCAGUACUACAUGGAUUACAAGAAUUUCAUGGAUGAGAUAAUAGCCCAUGGGGAUGCUGAAAAGGUUCCAGACCAAGACACUGACAAAAGACCAGUUUGGUACAUCCCACACCAUGGGGUGUAUCAUCCACAAAAACCUGGAAGGAUUCGCGUCGUCUUUGAUGCCUCUGCUAAGUUCCAAGGCACUUCACUAAAUGACCAUCUUCUGACUGGUCCAGAACUAACAAACACCCUGCUCGGAGUCUUGUGUCGCUUCCGUAAAGGCCCAGUGGCCUUCAUGUGUGAUAUUGAACGCAUGUUCCACCAGUUUCACGUGCGUGCUUGCGACCAAGAUUACCUACGGUUCUUGUGGUGGGAGAACGGCGACCUUGAAACUCCAUUCACAGUCUACCGAAUGAAGGUACACCUAUUCGGUGCAGCAUCGUCUCCAGGUUGCGCCAACUAUGGUCUCAAGCACCUUGCAGCUGAAGGAGAAGGAAGUUUUAAUGAAGAAACCAUCAAGUUCAUCAAAACCAACUUCUAUGUUGAUGAUGGACUAGCAAGUGUCGACACUGAAGAUCAAGCAAUACAGCUUGUCAACGAAGCACGCAAAUUGUGCAGCACGGGCAACCUUCGGCUGCACAAGUUUGUCUCAAACAGCACCCGAGUUUUAGCUUCGCUUCCAAAGGAAGAAUGUGCUGCGGUUGCCAAGGACCUUGAUAUAGCAUUUGAGGCAGUGCAUAUGGAAAGAGCACUUGGCGUACAAUGGUGCGUGGAAUCAGAUCAAUUCCAGUUCCGAGUGGUUGUCAAGGAAAAUCCACUCACCCGAAGAGGAGUAUUAUCUACAGUUGCCUCUGUGUUCGAUCCAUUUGGGUUCGUGUCACCUUUCAUUUUGCUAGGAAAACAAAUUUUGCAACAAAUGUGCCGAGACAAGCUCAGUUGGGAUGAAGCCUUACCUGAUAGCCUUCGUCCCCAGUGGGAGUCCUGGCUGCGUGAACUGGGAAACCUUGCAGAGGUAAAGAUUCGCAGAUGCUACAUCCCUCCGAACUUCAAGCCACAACACUAUGAGCUUCAUCAUUUUUCUGAUGCGAGUGCAUCUGGAUAUGGCAUGUGCACUUACCUGAGGGCAGUAAGCCCAUCUGGCGAAGUUCACUGCUCCUUGGUGAUGGGAAGAUCGAGAGUUCCACCAUCCAAAGUCACAACUAUUCCACGGCUUGAGUUGUCGGCUGCCGUUGUUGCCAUUCGCAUCAGUGACAUGCUGAAAAGGGAAUUGGAAGUGGAAAUCUCAGAAGAAAGGUACUGGACUGACUCCAAGGUGGUACUCGGAUACAUCAGUAAUGAAGCCAGAAGGUUUCAUGUAUUUGUUGCAAACCGUGUGGAACGCAUCAAACAAAGUACAGAGUCAACACAAUGGUGGUAUGUAACCUCCGAAGAUAAUCCAGCAGAUCACGCCUCAAGAGGCCUUACAGCAAAACAACUUGUAGCCUCAAACUGGUUCAAAGGUCCAGAUCUUCUCUGGCAGAAGGUCAUAACCAGUGGUGAAAUCAAGGUGGGAGAGUUAUCGAACAGUGACCCAGAGGUCAAGAAGGUUCAAGUCCACAAGAUACAAGCAGAAGAACAAAGGUCACUGUUGGAUCGGCUACACAAGUUUUCAGACUGGUUGAGAAUGAUUAAGGCUGUUGCCAGACUCAAGCGCUAUGUCAAGGAAGUGAAGGAUCACAAGAGGUCAUGUGACAUUGUCACCCUGCAAGAGAGAAAGGAAGCAGAGGUAACAAUAAUAAGGAUAGUUCAAGAAGCGGCGUUCGCUCAGGAAAUAAAAACCUUACAACAUCAUGAAGUGAUGCAGACCAAUGACAGGGUCAACAAGCUACACAAGUUAUGUCCAUUUCUUGACGACCAUGGCAUUCUUCGGGUAGGCGGACGCUUGAUGCAUGCUGCCUUGCAUCCUGAUGUCAAGCAUCCUGUGAUCCUGCCAAGAAACAGUCACGUGACUGCGUUACUCGUCAAACAUUAUCACGUGAAGACUUACCAUCAAGGACGAGGAAUCACUAUGAAUGAGCUUCGAGCUAACGGAUUUUGGAUACUUGGAUGCAGUAAGAUUGUUUCAUCCUGUAUCUAUAAAUGUGUAAAAUGCAGGAGGUUCAGAAGACCCACAGAGCAGCAGAAGAUGGCAGACCUCCCGGAGGACCGGAUGGAAACUGCACCACCAUUCACCUACUGUGGGAUGGACUGCUUCGGUCCCUUUUUUGUCAAGGAAGGCCGCAAGGAGUUAAAGCGCUAUGGAUUGCUAAUCACCUGCAUGUGCUCCAGAGCAGUACAUCUCGAGAUGCUUGAUGAUCUGUCUACAGAUUCCCUCAUCAACUCUUUACGUGCAUUCAUAGCCAUCAGAGGUACAGUUCGACAAAUAAGGUGUGAUCAAGGCACGAACUUUGUAGGCACCAGAAAUGAGUUUGUUGAAGCAUUUAAAGAAAUGGAUCAAGCAAAACUGGGAAAACUGGACUGCGAGUUUCUCAUGAACAUCCCAGCGUCAAGCCACAUGGGUGGCGUCUGGGAGAGACAAAUCCGCACCAUAAGGAGUGUACUCACAUCAAUCCUGGAACAAUCAGGCAAACAACUCGACAGCUCCUCUCUAAGGACGUUCCUGUAUGAAGUCAUGGCAGUUAUCAAUAGCAGACCAUUGACUACUAACCAACUGUGUGAUCCAUCAAACCCAGAACCUUUAACACCAAACCACAUACUAACCAUGAAGUCCACGAUCAUCUCCCCACCUCCAGGAAGGUUCGUGAAGGAAGAUCUUUAUCUCCGUAAGAGGUGGCGUCGUGUUCAACUCCUCACCAACACUUUCUGGACAAGGUGGAAAAGAGAGUAUUUGUUGAAUCUCCAGAGUAGACAGAAGUGGACCAAAGAGCGUAGAAAUGCUAAGGUCGAUGAUGUUGUCCUCCUGAAGGAUGAGAUAACUCCACGCAACCAGUGGAAGUUGGCAAGGAUCAUUGAAGUUUACCCUGGUAAGGACGGAAGAGUGAGGAAGGUGAAAUUGUUGAUAAGUGAUCCAACUCUGGACAAAGAAGGAAAGCGUACCUCCAAACCUGUUCAUCUGGAGAGACCAAUUCAGAAGACAGUCGUUCUGAUAGAAGCAGAAGAAGAUUCUCAGCCUCACUCUGCCUAAAAUAUAGUUCAUAAUCCUUAAUUCAUAAGCAGUUCAUUAUUUCAUUGUUAAUAGUUUGUUCCUUUAAAAUCACAAGUGAUUGGUGGGAGUGUAACAGUAUUUACAUUUAAGUUUUCGUUGAGCUGUAUAUUUGAACUUGCUCUUUUGCACCACCUAGUGGUGGACUAUAGAAAGUACAAUUGUUUGUAGCUUGUGUUUCCACCCGAGCCCACUGUACCGAUGCACAUGCUAUGCGGGCUGCGGCGGCUGGUUAGCUCCACACAGAGAGAAAGAAACGCGGAAAGUUGAUAAGUGAAGAAAGAAGGGAGAAAGAAGGUGGAGAAGAAAAAACUAAGAUCGUUAAGGAUUGUUUAGCCCCUCCUGGAUGUCAGUUCACGAGUUCUCACGGGUUGUGAAGACAAGAAUAAACCCUGUUUUAUGAUUCUACGUCGUGCGCUCGUUAAUCCGUGAGGGUGCUA